GUCCACCAUUAUCUUCGACAAGCUUCCUUUGCAUAGCCGACAUGAGCCGUAUCACCAAAAACUCCCUCUCAGGCUCAGCAAAUGGGAAAAUCCAUCGACCGGAGUCCCUCGUCGUUGUCGCCGCCGCCGCAGUAGCCGUUGUUUGUGACGCGUGUGAUUUUGUUUUGGCAGAGGUUGGGGUUUCUUGUGGGUGGUAUUUCCCAGAUGGGUCGCAUAGGAAACGACGAUAGUCUGUAGAAUGAAGAGUAAAUUGUCUUUUUUUUUAUGUUGGUGUCCUUUUUGACAUGUUGGAGAAGAAAGAAAGGGCUAAGAAGAGAGAGAAAGGGGUUGCCAUCGUCAGGGAAGAACAAGGAAAAGAGUAGAAGCAACACACUGUUGAGGCUCUUGGAAAGUUUGUGACUUCAAGUAUUAAAUGAGAUCCAAAAGGACUUGGAUAGUUUUAUACAGUGAUAAACAUGGGUGGAUUGAAAAGGGUGCACAGAAGCAGUGGUGUUGGUGUUUCUCUUUCUUGUGUAAUUCUUGUUUCUCAGUGUUAAUUCUUGUUGUGUUGAGAAAAAGGGGCUACAAUGACAACUGAUAUAGCUGACAAACAGAGAGAUAUGUGAUUUACUUGAGGGAGACAUUGAAAUCAGGCCAUGGGCUGAUCUCCCUACAGAUAUUUUAAAUGAAAUCAAGGGUCGACUUUACCUCUUCGACCAAUUUCAUUUUUGUGGCGUCUGCAAGACCUGGCGAUUGGCAAAGCGUGGAGAACUUGCACAUUAACUACCUUGGCUGAUUACUCAUUAUUUGAGGUGGGACAACAAUGGCCAUAUCUUGAGUAACUUUAAAUCCCAUUGUCCUCCUCUUAAAAAAAGUCCACCAAUGAGAACAAAAUAGAGGAAGAGAACUGUGAGAAUUUAUUUGGUGCUUCAGUUUGUG